AUGGUUGACGUAGUGUUUGGACCAUGGGACUAUGCCAUUAUGGCGGCAACUAUGGUUGCGUCGAUGGUUAUCGGACUGUAUUUCCGCUUCACUGGCGGCAAACAAAAAACAAAUGAGGAAUACCUAUUGGCAGACCGUAACAUGUCCAUAUUCCCUGUGGCAGUGUCUCUAAUGGCCUCAUUCAUGUCAGCCAUAACAUUACUAGGUGUGACGGCCGAAAACUAUUACUACGGCAUGCAGUUUGUCGUCAUCAACAUAUCUUAUGGCAUAGCAACACCUAUUGCUAGCCGAUUGUACUUACCAGUCUUUUUUGGACUCCAGAAAACCAGUACUUAUGAAUAUUUAGAGCUUAGAUUUGGACCUCAGAUAAGAAUGCUGGCCUCUUUGACUUACACUUUACAGAUGGUGUUAUACAAUGGUAUAGUUUUGUACGCUCCAGCUAUUGUACUUGAAACUGUCACAGGAUUUAACAGACUGAUCUCAAUAUUAGUAGUAGGAAUAGCAUGUACUAUUUACUCGACCUUGGGAGGAAUGAAGGCGGUGUUGUUUACUGAUCUUCUGCAGUCGGCUUUGAUGUAUGGCGCCGUGCUCAGUGUGUUGGUGUUCAGUGCCAUGCAAGUUGGCGGUCUGGGGCAAAUUUUCGUUAUUGCCAAAGAAGGGGGGAGGUUGGACUUUUCUAAUUUCAGCGUAGAUCCAACGGAAAGGCAUACGUGGUGGUCUCUGAUCCUAGGAGGUGCAAUUGUAUAUUUGUCCUUGUACGGUGUCAAUCAUACGCAAGUUCAACGUCUGCAAACAGUGAGCACCCUAGAUCGAUCGCAGAAAUGUUUAUGGUGGAGCUGGCCAGUUCUCUCCCUCUUAAGUAUUACAACAUGCAUAAGCGGUCUUGGCAUGUACGCAGUAUAUAGAGACUGCGAUCCGUGGGCCGCACAAAAAAUUGGUGCUAUAGACCAUUUGAUGCCGUACUACGUAGUGGACGCUAUGACAAAUGUUCCUGGUCUCGCGGGACUCUUCGUCGCGGGGAUAUUCAGUGCAUCACUCUCUACGAUAUCGGCUGCUUGCAACGCUCUUGCAGCAGUGACAUUGCACGAUUAUAUCGGCAGAUGGUGCAAAGUACCGCCGUCAUAUGUACCUUGGAUGACGAAAGUAGCUGCUUUCGCUUUUGGACUGCUGUUCUUGGGGCUGGCGUUCCUCGCGCAAUAUUUGGGCGGUGUCCUCCAGGCGGCACUCACAAUAUUCGGUGCUGUUGGAGGACCAUUGUUAGGGGUGUUCACUCUUGGCAUGUUCACUACGUACGCCAAUGAAAGAGGUGUAUCAAUCGCGUUAGUGAGUGGGAUGGCAAUAACGUUAUGGUUCAGUUUCGGCAGCCCGCGCCCUCCUGUGGUGAAGCUGCCUCUCAGUGUGGAAGGUUGCGCGGCGAACGUCACACAGCAAAUUGUUUCACCACAUUCAACUGACUACUUCUAUCCGUACCGAAUUUCAUACAUGUGGACGAGUUUGAUAGGAUUCGUGUGGGUGCUGGCCGUGGGGAGUAUAAUCUCGUUGCUAUGGCGUCAGAUGCAGCCGUGGGAGCGUGCAGGACAGUCGCAUCCCGACCCUGCAUUAUUUACACCGCCUCUAGCUCGCAGGCUGAGAGCCAAGUUCGAGGAGAAGGCUGACGUUCAGUGUAAACUCUUGAAAUCGAACGGCGUUCAAGAAUAA